AUGGAUCGUGACGGAGAAAGCGCGUCGCUAGACACCAUCUCGCCUUCCAACACAGCAGCAAUGGCGUCCGAAAAGCCGCACCCAACAGUCAAACAGACUGCCAACGACGAGAUGAAGGGGCAGUCACAGCACUCUGAAGCCAGCGCCGCCACCGCGCUAGAGCAUGAGCUGACGCUUCGAGACGCCCUACGACUUUACCCCAAAGCCAUCUUCUUCUCGCUAGUCUUCUCCAUGGCUAUUAUUAUGGAGGGUUAUGACAUGGCCCUAAUUGGUUCCUUCUACGGCUACGAAUCAUUCCGUAACAAAUAUGGCAAUCAACCAAAUCCCGAUGGUGGAAUGGUAAUUUCAGCUGACUGGCAGACGUACAUCCAAGUCGGCGGUAUGUGUGGCCAGAUCUUUGGCCUGUAUCUCAAUGGCUGGGUAUCUGAUGCCAUCGGGUACAAAAAGACCAUGAUUCUGGCCCAGAUCAUCAUGAUCGCUUUUACUUUCGUCGUGUUCUUUGCCAAGAAUAUCGAGAUGAUUCUCGCGGGUCAGAUUCUCAUGGGUAUCCCGUGGGGCGUGUUUCAGACAUUGACGCUUGCAUACGCGUCUGAUAUUGCCCCGGUCGUCUUAAGGCCUUAUCUCACAGCCUAUGUGAACCUCUGCUGGGUCAUCGGCCAAUUGAUAUCGGCUGGAGUCCUCCGUGGACUUUUAGAUCUCGAUAAUGAAUGGUCUUACCGCGUUCCCUUUGCCUUGCAAUGGCUUUGGCCACCGUUUAUCAUCCUCGGUACAGCCUUUGCGCCAGAAUCGCCUUGGUGGUUGGUGCGAAUGGGCCGUCACGACGAUGCUAAGAAAGCUAUCCUUAAACUCGUCAGUCCUCAGCCAGAUAUCAAGUUCGAUGCGGAUGCUCAAGUGUCAAUGAUUCACGAAACGAAUGAGCUUGAAAAGGCCACGUCUGCAGGCACCAACUAUUGGCAUUGCUUCAUGAGAGCUGACUUGCGACGUACUGAAAUUGCGUCGAUUACAUAUGUCGCUCAAGCUAUGUGCGGCAGUGUUUUAAUGGGCUACUCCGUCCAAUUUUAUGAGCGCGCAGGAUUAUCAUCAAACAAUGCGUUCACCCUCAAUAUUGUUCAAUACUCCGUCGGAGCCAUCGGAGUCAUUCUUUCGUGGUUUCUCAUGUCCAAAUACGGACGUCGCAGUCUCUAUAUCGCAGGCACAAGCUGCCUCUUCGUAAUUCUUCUUGUUGUCGGUGGUCUCGGCUUUGCACCACAAAAGAAUUCUGGUCCGUCUUGGGCAGUCGGCAGUCUACUAAUUUUCUACACCUUCAUCUACGAUCUGGCGGUUGGACCAGUUUGUUACACUAUCGUCGCGGAGAUUCCUUCGACACGCCUCAAAGCCAAGACAAUUGUGCUCGCGCGUAAUUUUAAUAAUAUGGCUGGCCUAGUCAAUAAUACCCUCAUGCCAAGGAUGCUUGGUGUGCAUGCAUGGAACUGGGGUGCAAAAACAGGUCUCUUUUGGGCGGCGUUCUGCUUUCUGAUCAUGGUAUGGGCGUAUUUCCGAUUACCAGAACCCAAAGGCAGGACUUUUGGAGAAUUGGAUGUUUUGUUCGAACACAGAGUGAGUGCACGGAAAUUUGCAAAGGCGCGCGUGGAUCAAUUUGGUCAUAGCACUGGUGCCGUUGAAGUUGAGGGAAACAGGUAG